AGCUCGUAGACACCGAAGUACACAUGCCGAAUCGAGACAUACGGGGCGGCGUCCUGCUCUCCAGAAAUGUGACACAUUCAAACUGAGUUGUUGGAUUAAGUAAACCGAAUUAUGAUGUCUCAUUCUCAGAACUAGAUUGAGAUUCAUGUGAAGGCAGAAAUGUCUGUACAACACCGCUCGGUCCAACUGUCAGCCGCGUCGCUCGCUGUUGUUCUCUGCCGGGACGAGGACAUCAAAUUCAGCGCGAGCAACACUAACGGACAGGACGUAUUUGCGGAUUUUAAGUCGCAAAAUUUGCGAAGCUUCUGGAAUAAAAGACUCGUGAAAGCGGUGGCGGAAGUUUCCUUCCAGGGAUGGCUGGAGAACUACGUGCUGCUUGUGCAGGGCAAUGCCAAUAACUUGGAGGUGUUGAGGGAAGCGUGGAUGCGCAGGGCGCUGAGGUCACCCAAAGGAUACACUAUCAAAGCAGUGGGUGAUCUGUCCCCUGUGCAGAUGUCACCAAUCUCCCAGUCUCAGUUUAUUCCACUGUCUGAAAUAUUGUGCUCUGUCAUAUCAGACAUGAAUUCCGCCCAUGUGGUUGUAAACCAGGAAGCACUGAUCAAUCACAUGAUGAAAGCACACCCAGGAAUGACCAUUCCCACUCAAGACAUCUUGUACAAUGCUUUGGGAACGCUUAUUAAGGAGAGGAAGAUCUAUCACACUGGCGAGGGCUACUUUGUAGUCACCCCUCAAACAUACUUCAUCACAAACAACAUGGUGAAAGAGAGGAAUUGGUGGAGUUCUGGCGACAUUGACCUGCCGUCACCACCUCCCAUCACGUACCUGGUGAGCAACGAGAGCUGCAUGGACACCUCUAGUGAGGUGCCUGUCCUGGCCCACUGUAAGUCCUGCAGCUGCUUCACCCCACCGUCUAUUGUACCUCCAUCUGUCCAAGACCAUCAAUCCAUCAGUAUCAGUGAGUGCACUGGGAAAAGCCUCAAGUGGCCCAAAGAACACAAACCCUCCGUUCAGCACCAGUCCACGUCUACUGCAGCAGACUACCAGGCCAGUGAGAUUAGCAAAUCCACCAACACAAGCCGCAAGGACAAGGAGAAAGCUGGCCGCAAAUUUGGGCUUAACCUCUUCCGACGAAACACAGGGAAGAAGGACAACAAACCAAAGAAAGAGUAUGCCACAUUCUCUGGGCAAUUCCCACCGGAGGAAUGGCCUGUCAGGGAUGAGGAUGACUUAAACAACCUCCCCAGGGAUCUAGAACAUGCCAUCAUCAAACGGAUCAACCCAGAGCUGACUGUGGACAAUCUAGUAAAGCACACGGUUCUUAUGAAGAAGCUUGAGGAGAAAGCUGAGAGAGGCACGGAGAAAGCUGUGGACAAGGGCAUUUCCACCGAAGCUCUUCUAGCUAAGCAGAGGCACCAUACCUCAAAGGCCAUGGGGAAGAAAUUAGCCCCUAGAGCUACUCGUAGCAAGAGAAGAGGACCUUCAUCCAAAGAGAAACAAAGGGCAAAGGAUAAGACUUUCCAAUGUGCUAAAGAUUUAGAGGAAGAUGAUCAGAUUAUGCCUCACCUCAGAGCAGAAUUUGCUUUGGAUGAACCUGACAAUAAUGUAGAGAGUACCAUUCUGAAUCCAAAAUGUGUCUACAAGAAACGGAUAGACAACCCAUUUUUAGGAUUGCCAGGAAGAGAUGUGGAAACAAACAUCCACCAUAAAGAACAAAGGAGGAGAGAAGCCAAGAUUCCUUCCGCCGGACGACGGGAAAGACCAGGUCACAGGUCAAAAUCCUGGGAUCCUCACCGGGCCAAAGCAAUGGCUGACAGUGUAGAGAAAUCUCACACAUUGAAGGAUGCACCUUGCAAACAGGUCCAUGAAAGAGCACCAACUGUGGACUCCACUCUGGAUGUUCAACCAGUUCAAGAGCUUUGUGGAGAUUACAGCUCAGCCUACCCUGAGAGCAGCACAUUGAGGAUAGAGGACAAAAUUAAGCUGAGAGAGAAUAAAGUCCGAAGCAGAGAGUUCAAAAAUGACAGAUUAAAAGAAAUGAAACAUCAGGAUGGACACUUGAGACAUGUUCCUGACCAAAAUAACAUUGUAGAUAAUCCUUCACAUUGUGAUACAACAGAAGUACCCCUCUCGUGGCCUAAACCUACUAUUCAACGUAGACUUUCCCUACAUCUGCUUAACAGUAAAGAAGAGUCUCAUCACCGUCCUGAUCUGCUGUCCUCGCACCAGCAAGUUGGCAACGUAACUAGCCAUCAGCUGCCGGAUGGUCAAACCUUGGACAGAAACACAAGCCAGACUGAGAGUGAGGUGUAUACAGAUGAUGAACAUCACAUCUAUCAGAAAGCAGUGGAGGACGAGGAUGGUUGUAGCUCCGUCUGCCUGAACGAGGACUGUGAGCUAUCACAAACGAGUGUAGCUCGUUACCAUGAGUCUGUCUGUGCAGAUGGUGGCUGGGAUGGCCAUUUCAUUGAGGAACAUGCUCAUCACAAACCCACCAGAACCACACACAGGCCGCAUGAAUACAGGUGGCAGUCCUCUGAUCACCAGAUCCUUCAGAAAGGUGCUAGCCCCAGACAAGAGGUCCAGUGUCUGAGGAAAAGACUACAUGACUCCAGUUUGGCAGAUGAUGAACAUACCGAAGCCCUGGAAAGCAGCAUUUUUGACUACUGUCAGACAAGCGAAGUGGAGUCUGAUUCUGAGACCAUACAUAAAUCUGCAGAUGAAGUUGAUGCUGGCAAAUCUAACAACUGGAUCAGUCACCAAGAAUUGAAAGACUGCCAUCAGAGCACAACAGAGACAUCUGAGCAUACUGGGAACAUCAGUGCAAACCUUAAUGACCCUACAGGGGCCUGUGCAGGAGAAACCACAGAGAGUCAGAGUUACACAGCAGAUAGUGGGAUUGACUCUCCAAGGACACAUAUGAGUGUAACCUCCAGUAACUCAGCAAUUCUUAACGGAUUGAAGCAUCGUGGCUUUCUGCAGAACCUUGAAAAGCUCCACUCCAACGGCAUUCACCCUCAGAGUUCACUGCUCAAGCUUACACCUGUCAUGAAUGUAUAAACAUAUUAAAAUGUAGCUCAGCAUCUGGGUAUAGUUAUAUCAUGUAAAAAAUGUACAUAAUCCAACAAAUGUAAAUACCCCCCUCCCCCACACAAAAACUAGGAAUGGAAUGUAGGUUGUGCUUUUUAUAUACUUAAUUCAGUACAAAUUUACAUUUUAACUGAUUAAUAAUGUUAAGGUUUUUUUGUUAACAUAAUUUUGUACAUUGGUCUUUUGUUGUUUAGAGAGAAAGCCUGAACAUUACAAGGAAUUAUCUGCUCAAGUCAAUCCUCUGUUAGCUAUGUACAAAUGGCGGGUAUUUCGUGGAAAUAAAGUGUUUAAAAAUGGCGUCUUGUUAGAUACACUUCUGGCCUGAAAUAAACAACAGUUAAAAGGGCUCAAAACUAAAUUACAUUUUUUAGGGGAACAGACAUAGCAUUGUGAAAAUAUAUGAAUAAAUAUGUCAGCAAUAGAAGUUAGGGUAUGUGUACUAAAGGCAAUGUCAUUCCCCAAUUAUUUCAUUUAAUGUAAUUUGUAAAUCAAGCAGUGUUUGUUAAGAACACAUUUUAAUGUAUCUUACUAUAAAGGCGAGUGUCUAAGAUGAAUAUCAUAAUGUGUGCCUGAAGCAUACAUCUAUAAAUCUCCAAGUUCCUCACAUUAGCUUGAAAGUUUUCAUCUGUACCUUUACAAAUGAACAGCUUGGCCUCCAGUACAGUGGAAUGGCGAUGAAUACUUUGUGAAUUCAUCAAAAUGUCACUUGUGGUCUUGUCAGUUGACUUGCUACAACAAAGCUUACCUUUACAAUGCCACUGCCUGCCAUUGACAGUCAUGAAAAAUUCAUGAUUGUCCUGCAGCUAAUCCAACAUUCAAACUGACAAAGGCAAGCAGAGGUAGCCAUAGCGUACUGUUGUAAGAUGUAUGAUACAGACACAUAGUAGGACACGUGGGAUGUGUACUCAACAAUUUUAUAAUAAUUUCUAUCCACACACAGUUUGAUUCCAGCACCUUUAACCAGGCGGCUGAGGUGAGAAGCGCUACAGGUUCAGGCAGGAGCUAAACAGAUGGGGUUUCUGAAUGACAGGUAUUGAAUGAUGGCUGACUGUGUCAUGUUUCAUUCAGCCUCACUGGCAAAGAACAAAGGCCAAAGCCAUCCUACAUGUGUUCAUAAAAGACAGCACAGGCAUACUGUAGGCUACAAACCACUGUUAUUUAUGAGGUCAGUGACAUUGAACAUGUAUAAUGUAACCAGUUUGUCUUGUAUUCUUGGCACUUCGAGAGUUUUAAAAUGUUGACAAAGAAUAACAAGCUAGUUUUAAAGCAAGGUCUUGUGUUUUUCUUUUCAAUAAAAUACCAAAACAAUCUAUAUUUAUCUCUACACUUUUCAGAAAUUGUCGAAAAGCAAUGGUGCUCGUGUUUUUCAAACUUUUUAAGGGAAAGGGCGCACCCUUGUGGUCUCUGAUCACAGUGGGAACACAUUUUGUUUUGAGGAAGCCAUGUUUGCUUAGGAUGGCCACAGUAUAUCCUCGCAUCCCGGAUUAGUGUUUAUUCCUCCCUCACAAAAUAUGCUAGCCCUGGUGGCAGGGCAUCCUAGUAGGUGUUUCCCACAUGACAAGAUGUACUACCCAUGUUUUAAUCACAUUUAACACAGUUUUUUUUUUCUGUUAGAUGAGCUACCCAUGACAUAAACUACCCAUGACAAAAACACUGACCUCUAUGGCUGACACAGUCUGUAAUUUGUCAAAGUUUUCGUUUACAGUAUACUUUUAUUUGGGAUCAUGUACAUUUCAGCCGAAGUUUAUUUAUUCACUGAUAAAUCCUUUAUAAUAAAUACGGCAAUAUUCCUUUCCAUUUUGAUUUCAUGGUGCCUUUAAUAAAAUAUAUUCUUGUUUAUUUAUUUAUGUCAGUUCAUAAUAUAUAUCAAUCAAUUUAUAUAAUUUGGUUAGGACCAUAGACUGUAUUGGGACUGAAGGCGAAGGUGCCAUCCUCCAGGACUAUAGGGGGUAGUCGAGCGCUUGUUUCUUCACCGCUUUGUUUUUUUGCUCAUGCGCUCCAACAUAGUUGGCGCCAGAUGAUCCGCGGCGCCAUCCCGCUACGUACGUACGGAGGGAGGGAGAGAGAAAGAGUGACAGAGUGCAAACCGCAACCAGGCAGUACAGACGCAACACAACGAAGAUCUUCAGGCCUUUGACUACGCCGCGACUACUAGCAGCGCAUCUCGCAAAAAAGCCAUUAAAGGGCAAAGAGCAGGCAGGACUGCUCCUGACUCAAGAACUGACUGAGCCCUGUGGCAGGCAUCCCUUCAAGUUUCUUUGCGAGAAAGCGGGGCUCGUAGAGCAACGCUAAGUUUCACUUAACCGGGAAGACGGAAGUCGUCAGGCUGGAGUGUGUCCUGAUGGCUGAGUCAGAGACUGACUGUGACACACCAGGUCUCGAUACAUUGGGAUCUGAGUGUGUCAUAGCCCAUACUCAAGUCGGUGACUUGCAUUAUGGAGCGGAGACUGAGAUUAUGACUCAAGAAGACAAAAGACUUGACCUGGAGGCCAUUCAUGGUGAUUUAGGGGCAGUGACCUGCGUGGAUGUGGUAACAGAGACGGACCAUGACUAUAUUAAAUCUGAAAUACACCACGAUCAUCAUCAGUAUUUCAGCAGCGCGGAAAUAAAAGGCAAUGAGCAUUUGCUCGGUGAGGUGCUGUUAAAGACGGAGAUGGGUGGUGGAGAACAUAUUGUAAAGGUGGAGUCUGACCAUGGAGGGGAGCUUACGGUGGAGUCAGAGAAUGGCGUUAUCAUCCACGAAGCCCAUGGCCUGCAAUGCAGUGAGUGUGGCGAGAUUUUUGACUGCAUGUCUGAUCUGCACGAACACUUCGAAAUCCACAAAGCCACUCACCCCUACAUUUGCGUCCACUGUGGUGAGAGCUUCGCUAUUGAAGCCAGCCUAAGAAGUCACAUGAGGAUUCACAUGAAAGAGAAAAGUUACACCACUGGUCUUGAGAUGGUUGGUAAAGGAGUUAUUGACGCAUUCAACUUGAAACCGCACCAGAUGAUGCACUCACCUGAAAAGCCGCACAGAUGUUCAGAGUGUGGCAAGAGCUUCGCCGCUGCCAUCACUCUCCGGGAGCACAUGAAAAUGCAUUCGGAUGACAAACCCUACAAAUGCACCCAAUGCCGAAAAAGCUUUGUGCGCAGACGCCAUCUCAAGAAACAUCAAGAGCUGCAUGCACAUGACAAGCCGUUUACAUGUCUUCAGUGCGGCAAAGGCUUUACGACGGCUUCCAAUCUUAAACAGCACCAGAAGACUCAUGCUGGUGAAAAGCCACACAGAUGCACCCAGUGUGGAAAGUGUUUUGCUGCGGCGGCCACGUUGAGAGAGCAUCAGAGAAUCCACUCAGGGGAGAAGCCCUACAAGUGCACCCAGUGUCGAAAGAGCUUUGUCAGGAAACGCCACCUCAAGAAGCAUCAGCUGGUCCAUCAGGGUGGAAAGCCCUACCGGUGUUCUCAGUGCGACAAGGGUUUUAACCAUUCCUCUUCCUUGUCAAGACACCACAAGGUCCACCUGGAGGCCAAGAUGUAUGCCCAGGGUGAUAAGGAUUUCCCCUUCGAUACAACAAUGAAGAGGGGAAUGCAUACAGGUGAAAAGCCAUACAGCUGCAACCAUUGUGAGAAGAGCUUCAAUCACUCGUCGUCGCUAUCCAGGCACCAGAGAACUCAUUCUGAUGGAAAGUCCUACACCUGUGCUCAAUGUGGGAAGAGGUUCAAUCAUCCCUCAUCUCUCGCAAGACACCAACGGGUUCAUUUGGAGGAUAAGUCGACUUAUAGCGCUAUUGCGACAGGAAAGGGAUUCCCCCACACUACCAUCUUGAAACAGAGAAUCCUUCAGAGUGAGAAACCAUAUAGGUGUGCUCAGUGUGGAAAGGGUUUCAAUCAUUCGUCCUCUCUGUCUAGGCAUCACAGAAUUCAUAUUGACCAAUAAGCUUGUUUUCCUUUCCACCACAAGUGGUGCGCUACCAUUCAUCCCAUGAUUCAGGCCAGCUUGUAAUAUUAAAGGGUUUGGCAAAAGAUGCACAAAAAUCCAGAAAGUUGGUGUGGACCUGCUCUAAGGGAACUUGUUCUAAAAUCAAGUCCUAUGACUUUUUAAAGAGGAUUGAAUUUCAAUUUGGUAUGAUUGACACUGAAAACCCCUGUGUAAUGUGCUCAUAACUAGAUACAUAUGUAAUUCUGGAACUUGGUGUUUGAUUAAAACCAUAGACAAAACGUAUUGAGAUUCCAUCAUCACUGACUUGUGCUUUAAGCUGGUUUUGGAAGUUUAUGGAAACCUGGCACAAUCUUGAAAUUGAGUAUUAGGUCAAGUCGGUUGAGUGGCAGACAUUUAAGCAAAUAGUCUAGAUGCAACGAUUCACUCCCCUAGUCUGUAUCUUUUAACCAUCUCUGCAUCAUUAAUGGGUUGAGAAACUGAUAUCGUGUAAAUAU